GGGGGUCGGGAGGAGGGGCGUCAAGAUGGCGGCGGGGAGGUAGGCAGAGCCGGACGCUGCUUCUGCCGCCGCCGCCGCCGCCGCCGCCGCCGCCGCCGCCGCCGCCGCCUCGGCUCCUGUUGCCUCCGGCUCCUCACGCGCUCACCGACCGGGAGAAGCUGUUCUGGCGUCGGGUCCGCCGGGGAAAAUGGUGGAACCAGGGCAAGAUUUACUGCUUGCUGCCUUGAGCGAGAGUGGGAUUAGUCCAAACGACCUCUUUGAUGUUGAUGGAGAUGCCGGGCUUGCAACUCCUACUCCCCCUUCAGUUCAACAGUCGAUGCCACUUAGUGCGUUAGAACUAGGUCUGGAGACUGAAGCAGCAGUUCCUGUUAAACAAGAACCAGAGGCAAUGUCUACUCCUGCGCUGUUAAAUGUGAGGCAGCAGCCUCCAUCCACUACAACAUUUGUGCUGAAUCAAAUAAAUCAACUUCCGACCUUGGGAUCUACAAUUGUAAUGACUAAAACACCACCUGCAACAACCAAUAGGCAAACCAUCACUUUAACAAAGUUUAUCCAGACCACGGCAAACACACGCCCUUCAGUCUCAGCACCAGCAGUACGAAAUGCCAUGCCCCCUGCUCCUUCAAAAGACCAGGUUCAGCUGAAGGAUUUACUGAAAAAUAAUAGUCUAAAUGAACUCAUGAAACUGAAGCCACCUGCUAACAUUGCUCAGCCAGUUGCAACUGCAGCUACUGAUGUCAGUAAUGGUGCAGUAAAAAAAGAAUCUUCCAAUAAAGAAGUUGCAAGGAUAUGGAUAAAUGACAUGAAAAUGAGGAGUUUUUCUCCCACCAUGAAGGUUCCUGUUGUGAAAGAGGAAGAUGAACCAGAGGAAGAAGACGAGGAAGAAAUGGGUCAUGCAGAGACCUAUGCAGAGUACAUGCCAAUAAAAUUGAAAAUUGGCUUGCGUCACCCUGAUGCAGUAGUGGAGACUAGCUCUUUAUCCAGUGUCACUCCUCCUGAUGUUUGGUACAAAACGUCCAUCUCUGAAGAAACCAUUGAUAAUGGCUGGCUCUCAGCAUUGCAGCUCGAGGCGGUUACCUACGCAGCCCAGCAACAUGAAACAUUCCUCCCUAAUGGAGACCGUGCUGGCUUCUUAAUAGGUGAUGGUGCUGGUGUGGGCAAAGGCCGGACGAUAGCAGGGAUCAUAUAUGAAAACUAUUUGUUGAGUAGGAAAAGAGCAUUGUGGUUUAGUGUAUCAAAUGACUUAAAAUAUGAUGCUGAAAGAGAUUUAAAGGAUAUUGGAGCAAAAAACAUUUUGGUCCAUUCAUUAAAUAAGUUUAAAUAUGGAAAAAUUUCUUCCAAACACAAUGGGAGUGUGAAAAAGGGUGUUAUUUUUGCUACCUAUUCUUCUCUUAUUGGUGAAAGCCAGUCUGGUGGUAAAUAUAAGACCAGGUUAAAACAGCUUCUGCAUUGGUGUGGUGAUGACUUCGAUGGAGUGAUAGUGUUUGAUGAAUGUCACAAAGCAAAAAACCUAUGUCCUGUUGGUUCUUCAAAGCCAACCAAGACAGGCUUGGCUGUUUUAGAGCUUCAGAACAAAUUGCCAAAAGCCAGAGUUGUUUAUGCCAGUGCCACUGGUGCUUCUGAACCACGUAACAUGGCCUAUAUGAACCGUCUUGGAAUAUGGGGUGAGGGAACUCCAUUCAGAGAAUUCAGUGAUUUUAUUCAAGCAGUGGAACGCAGAGGUGUUGGUGCCAUGGAAAUAGUUGCUAUGGAUAUGAAGCUUAGAGGAAUGUACAUUGCACGACAACUGAGCUUUACUGGAGUGACCUUCAAAAUUGAGGAAGUUCUUCUUUCUCAGAGCUAUGUUAAAAUGUAUAACAAAGCAGUCAAGCUGUGGGUCAUCGCUAGAGAGCGAUUUCAGCAAGCUGCAGAUUUGAUUGAUGCUGAGCAAAGAAUGAAGAAAUCUAUGUGGGGUCAAUUCUGGUCUGCUCAUCAGAGGUUUUUUAAGUACCUGUGCAUAGCAUCCAAAGUGAAAAGGGUAGUGCAACUGGCCCGGGAGGAAAUCAAGAAUGGGAAGUGUGUGGUAAUUGGUCUGCAGUCUACAGGAGAAGCUAGAACUUUGGAGGCCUUGGAAGAGGGUGGAGGAGAACUAAACGAUUUUGUUUCGACUGCCAAAGGGGUAUUGCAGUCACUCAUUGAAAAACACUUCCCUGCUCCAGACAGGAAGAAACUUUAUAGUUUACUAGGAAUUGAUUUGACAGCUCCAAGUAACAACAGCUCACCAAGAGAUAGCCCUUGUAAGGAAAACAAAAUAAAGAAGCGGAAAGGUGAAGAAAUAACUCGAGAAGCCAAAAAAGCACGAAAAGUUGGUGGCCUUACUGGUAGCAGCUCUGAUGACAGUGGAAGUGAGUCUGAUGUCUCUGACAAUGAAGAAAGCGACUAUGAGAGCUCUAAAAACAUGAGCUCUGGGGAUGAUGAUGAUUUCAAUCCCUUCAGAGAUGAGUCCAGUGAAGACAACGAGGACGAUCCUUGGUUAAUUAGGAAAGAGCACAAGAAAAGCAAAGAUAAAAAAAAGAAGAAAAGUAUAGACCCAGAUUCUAUUCAAAGUGCCUUGUUAGCCUCAGGGCUUGGUUCAAAGCGGCCCAGCUUCUCCUCUGCACCAGUCAUCUCGCCUGCUCCCAACAGUGCCCCAGCUAACAGUAACACCAACAGUAACAGUAGCCUUAUAACGAGUCAGGAUGCUGUGGAAAGGGCACAGCAGAUGAAGAAAGACCUGCUUGAUAAACUAGACAAAUUAGCUGAAGACCUGCCUCCUAACACCCUGGAUGAACUUAUUGAUGACCUCGGUGGUCCUGAAAAUGUGGCUGAGAUGACUGGCCGCAAGGGACGGGUGGUGAGCAAUGACGAUGGAAGCAUAUCUUACGAGUCACGGACUGAAAUUGAUGUGCCUGUGGAAAUUCUAAACAUCACAGAGAAGCAAAGGUUUAUGGAUGGAAAGAAGAAUAUUGCUAUUAUCUCAGAAGCUGCCAGCUCAGGUAUUUCAUUACAAGCUGAUCGGAGAGCUCAAAAUCAAAGGCGAAGAGUUCACAUGACUUUGGAAUUACCCUGGAGUGCUGAUAGGGCGAUUCAGCAAUUUGGAAGAACACACAGGUCAAACCAAGUAACUGCUCCAGAGUAUGUCUUUUUAAUUUCUGAACUAGCUGGAGAGCAGAGAUUUGCAUCUAUUGUUGCUAAAAGACUGGAGAGUUUGGGGGCACUUACACAUGGUGACAGAAGAGCAACAGAAUCUAGAGAUCUGAGCAGGUUCAACUUUGACAAUAAGUAUGGAAGAAAUGCUUUGGAAAUUGUCAUGAAAUCCAUUGUAAACUUGGAUUCUCCUAUGGUAUCACCACCUCCAGACUACCCUGGAGAAUUCUUUAAAGAUGUUCGGCAAGGACUGAUAGGAGUGGGCCUGAUUAAUGUAGAAGACCGGUCAGGAAUUCUCACUCUUGAUAAAGACUAUAACAAUAUAGGAAAAUUCUUAAACAGAAUUCUGGGCAUGGAGGUACAUCAGCAGAAUGCAUUGUUUCAGUAUUUUGCUGACACACUUACUGCAGUUGUUCAGAAUGCCAAGAAAAAUGGAAGAUAUGACAUGGGAAUCCUAGAUCUGGGUUCUGGAGAUGAGAAGGUGAGGAAGAGUGAUGUGAAGAAGUUUCUGACUCCAGGAUACUCAACCUCUGGCCACGUAGAGCUAUACACAAUUAGCGUGGAGAGGGGAAUGUCCUGGGAAGAAGCAACCAAGAUUUGGGCAGAGCUGACAGGACCAGAUGAUGGCUUUUACUUAUCAUUGCAAAUAAGAAACAACAAAAAAACUGCAAUCUUAGUUAAAGAAGUCAACCCUAAGAAGAAACUAUUUUUAAUUUACCGACCAAACACUGGGAAACAACUCAAACUAGAAAUUUAUGCUGAUCUGAAAAAGAAAUAUAAGAAGGUAGUCUCUGAUGAUGCUCUGGUGCACUGGCUGGAUCAAUAUAAUUCCUCUGCAGACACCUGUACUCAUGCGUAUUGGCGUGGCAAUUGCAAAAAAGCAAGCUUAGGAUUGGUAUGUGAGAUAGGUCUCCGCUGCCGCACAUACUACGUGUUAUGUGGCUCAGUACUGAGUGUCUGGACAAAAGUGGAGGGUGUUCUGGCCUCUGUCAGUGGCACAAAUGUGAAAAUGCAGAUAGUGCGGCUAAGAACUGAAGAUGGACAGCGGAUUGUAGGUUUGAUCAUUCCAGCAAAUUGCGUGUCUCCUCUUAUAAAUCUCCUGUCAACUUCAGACCAGUCUCAGCAGCUCGCAGUCCAACAAAAACAGCUGUGGCAGCAGCAUCACCCACAGAGCAUCACCAACUUGAGCAACGCGUAAACAGCAGCAGCUUCCACGUGGUGUAGAAUGCUGUGAGAGCAUACCACUUGCAUAAAAAUCAGGGACAGUUUCCAAAGAAUUCUUUUUUUUUUUUCUUUUUUUUUCUUCCCAGUUGUGCUCUCUAGUUUGGGGGUUAAGGACAAGCCUGUAAUAGGCAGCAAUGCUGACAGCAAGCGGAGUGGAGGGGACACGUGUCUUUCCUCUUGCUUCCUUGGGGCUGCCUGUGCUCUUUUACUUUGGGUGAGCAGAGCGGAUGUGUUUAUGCGCGCGUGUAUGUGUCUGUCUGUGAGUUUGUUAAACGCUACAAGACCACAGUUGGUUGAAAAUGCUUGGAACUUCCCAAACUGGCUUUACUUUUCCUUUCUACAGUGCUCAGGGUUAACACAGUACAUCCUUGUCAUUACUGUGGGAGUUCCCCGGAUGCAUGUGUUCUAAGUCUCUAAAUACAGAAUAUAUAUAUAUAUUGGUUUCUUUUCCAACUUAAACGAUGUUUCCUACAGCAUGAAGUAAAGGGUUGCGUGUGCCAUGCAUUCAGGUUCUUUCGUAGCUUCCGUUGGCAGUGCAUGUCUUUGAAAGCAUGUGUAAUCAAGACUUACCACAGAAGUCACGUGUGGAGAGAAGCAUUGGAGAUGGACAGAAUUGGGUAUUGCAUUUCUAGUGUUGAUACCUGGGUGUUGCUUCUAACCCUCAGCCCUACCUGCUCCUCCCUGUCCCAAGUUUCUUGUCAAAGUAGUAAAGUAAGUACAUACCUUUUUUUGUGAUAAAACUCUUUAAAAGUUUAUUUUAAUGUGUUAAUAGUAUUUCUAAUUUGUGCUGCAAAAAAAUGGCUGAAAGCCUUUUACUAGUUACAUUCUCCUUAACUUAAACAUAGUUUUAGGAAGAAGUAUAAUUGGCUUCCAUCUUGCACACAGUCUUUUUUACUUCAUUAUCUGAAUCUGCUUGGUCAUUCAAACCGGAAACCGUACUUGAGUUGUAAACUAGACAGUGAGAAAACACUUGGCUUCUGCUGUAUGUUGUUGUUGUUACCCAGUAACUUGAAUAUUGUUUAAUGUGCUAUAAGACAUUGUAGAGAUUAUCUCCAGCUGUUAAAAAUGGUAAUGUACAAAUGUGAAUAGACACUUAUCUAUAACAUGGGUAAGUUUUGUUUCGCCUAUAAUAGAUGUUUAUAAAAAACCAGUGAGGGGACAAUUGGUCUUUUUGUUUUUUCUCCCAGCCUCUCCUCCCCCCAUUUUUUCUACCCUUUUUUUUUUUUUUUUUUUUUUUUUUUUUGCUUGCACAGGUUGCACUAUUGAAACAUUGAGAUUGUAUAAAUCUGGUUAAAAGCUACAAGAUAUCAAAAUCUUGUAGAUAUUGAAUAAAAAAGUUAUUGUACUAAUGAAGUGGACUCUUGUUUAGGCCCUCACUGGGGACUCCAGGCCUAGGUAGCAGGGCUCUGUAGAACUCAGCGUGGCCUUAGCCUUCCAGGUAGCCUUAGAGUCUGACUGACACCCCUUCCUGGAAUUUGAGGUGAUCUUAAGGACGGGGUAAAUGAUGGUACUUUUGAAUGUUUUUCAAGUUGAAUUGUUCUCUUUGUAGCUUUUUAAACUUCUCAAAGAAUUGGGUGAGGUGUGUGUAGUGACAGAAACCAGAUAGAGCACUUAGGGCUCUCAUUCUCUCAAGUUUCUUUGGUUAAGUUUACCGUAAUAUUGUUUCAGAUUUAUUUAUUCUUAGUGCCUCAAAGAACAAGUGGAGAAUGGUUUUUGUUCUUGGGCACAUUUUGCCCAGUGGAUGCAACUUUUAUCCUCAUUCCGUGUAUCUCAGGCAGUGAUCUCAUGAGCAUCGAGCGAACAGUAUCCCUUCGUGGUCUAGUCCAGUUGGCCACUGAGAGUAGAAUUGUGUCCCCUUCACAAAACCUCUGAGCUUUUGUUUUUGAACUGGUGGACCAUUCAUCUUCCUUUGGCAUGUUAUGAAAAAGGCCUAAGGAAGGGCUUAACUUAACUCACUUUCUCUGUGAGACCAGAGGACGGGAAAGAUGCCGUGUUCUAAGCUGUUGAUGCCAGCCCCUUCGCGUGUGCAGAUAGCUGUUUUGGUGGGUCCUGGCUUUUCUGGUGCUUUUAAAGCAACACCUACAGGAUUUCUCUAGCAUGUGGUUAGUGAACACCUCACCCAGUGAUGACGCUGUGACAUGCUCUUGGAGUAGACAAGUCUUGGUAAGGGGUCUGUUUGUGUUCUGUUCAUCAUUUUUGUUGUUUACUAAGAAAAGGCCCGCGAAUACUAGGCAUCUGAAGGCCCUUUCAAAGCAGACUUGAAAAGGCAAGUGGUGUGGAAGGGCAGAAGCUGAGUCACCUUUGCCCACUCAGUAUGGAUGGUACCUGGGGUUGAUGCCCAACCCUCUGAGAGGAGCAUGCGCUUUCUGCGCUAUGCCCUGUAAAAAUCUAUGUCAGUCACCAGGAAAGCUCCAGCAUUCAAGGGUCUUUUGUGUCACAAUCCAAGUCUUCUCAGCCACUAUCACAUAAGUAACUGGUCCAGUAUCCCACUGGAUCUGAAUGCCACGUCUGCAUCCAGGGGUAUCACUUAACUCUACCCACCCUAAGUCCUUGGCCUCUGUGAUGCCUUUUCUCCCACUUAAGCAAUACAACUCUGAGCAGCAGAUCCUAUUGUUGAUCCCAUCCGUGUUUUCAGAGUUUACAGUCCCGAUUGUGCUGAAAAUCACUCCCAGGUUCCAUGCUGCUCAGGUAUGCUUGCUAGGGAGGUCAUGUCUCUCUCCCCUAGCAGCCUUUGUGCCACAGGCUUGCCUUCUUUGUGGUCAAGUCAGAGCUGUCAGUGGUGCAGAGUCAGAGAAGUAUUAAGUGUUUAUGUAAACACAAGUUAUCAGAAAGCUAGGCAGUUUAAGCAGUUUGCUCUUUUCCUACUAAAUUGCAGAUCUGCUUUGAGUGUUUGCUUUUUCCUAUGUGUAUAGAUUAGGGAGAACUUGUAUCCAAAGCACUGUAGGUAUGCACAUACAUGUAUUUAUUCUUACUCAGCACUUAAGAACCUUUUGAGUUGCAACAAUAAAACUUGUGAUUUGGCUCUGUCUAUGGAAAGAAAAGUUCUAGAUUACCAAACUCCACAGGAGUUUUGGCUGUAGCUUUUGGGACUUUUAUUAGCCGAUCUCCAUGCAAUGAUAUUAGAACAACUUCUGAGAAAGCAGAGAAGGGGAAGGAGGACAUCCAUGUACAAUUCUUGUCCUUUCCUCCACUUCCCAUAUUAGCACAGGGGCUGCUGUGGCUCACUUGAAUGAAGGUGGAGAUGUCAUCAUCCCAUAAGACCUUACCCAGGGAUCUUGAUUUUAUAGAGGGACCUUUAUGGGCUCUGGCACUUGCUAGGAAUGGUGUCCCAGAAAAGCUGUUCUUGGGCUAGGAUCCACACAGUGAGUGUUUAGUUAGUUGAGGAAUACUCACGGCAAAAGAAACACUGAUGGUGUGUUUGUUAAAUGUCCUUCCGAUAUGUGUGGACUCUGGUGAAACACACACACACACACACACACACACACACACACACACACACACACAGCUGCUUUGGCACACUGUGCUGAAAUGAGCCAAACAUUUCAUGUCAUGGAUGCAGCUUAUCAGAUGGAAACCGUUUGCAAGAAAAUCUCUCAACAAGGCUAGCUAUGUAAAGCAAGAGUGCCCACCCUCUGUUGUAUACUGUACUUAUAUAUGUACAUAAUGAAUGUAUAGGGAAGCGUGAGUUCUUCUACAUUUCAAGUGUAAAUGUUGUAAAUCAGGGCCCCAUUCACUUGUUCUUGUGUCCCCCUCCUCCUUCCCCUCCUAUUUAUUCUUUUCUGGAUUCCCAUAUGGGACAUCUUAUUAUUUUUGUUUUUUAAAACUUAGGAAACUGUGGAAAGCUUCUUAGCUGAGUCAGUAGAUACUCUGUUUAGAGUUCGUCUUUGUCUCCUGUUUGUAGGAGUCCUCUUUCCCACAUUGCCCACAUACCUGGCUAUGCUGUCUUGGGAUGCACGUGAGCACUGCUCCUGACCCUGUCACCAUGUGACUGGUUGUGCUCAUUUUUGUUUUCUGGAAGCUAAGUGAGCCUGAUGCUUUCAUAUUUAAGGAAAAGCUUCUCUAGACCUCCCUUGAGCUCCUUUAAUAUCUUCGUGUGCCUGUAGCCAGCUGCAGCUCCUUUGAAGCCUGACUGACUGACUCUUGCCUUUAUUGAGGCCUACUCCAGUAGUCCCUCAUUCCCUGCCACCUGCCUGACAGUAAGACCUUGCAAAUAGUUCAUUGGCUCGUGGCUUGGCUGCAUACUUCCUAUGUAUAAGAAGUUGCAUUUCUGUGACCCCACAGGUGGUGAGCAGAUUAGUUUAUGACAAACACAGUAAUUUGAUUAUAACUGGCCACAAAUAUUUGUCAGCAGUUCUUCUGUAGAAGCUGGCACCACCUUUAGCACACAAGGCUGUUCAGGGUUGGGGUCUCACUCCUGGCUGGAUGACCUGUAACAGAGAUUCUGAGCUCUGGGGCAUUGAUAUUGGUGCGAAGGCCUGGGGAGGUCAUGGAGAUGGUGCUGACCCUCACCUAGCACAGGAGUGGGGUUUUAUUUACACGCCUUUGUACCCUCAAAAAAUGUCCUCUGUAAUUCUCAGGAAAGAUUUCGGUGAGCAUUCAGCUUGGUAGACUUGAUGACACUUUGAAAAUUGCCUCCAUUUGGCUGAAUCUUUGGAACUUAGUUGUCAUGACUGAAGGCCUGUCACAGAUUGCUCCAGCAGGAAUUCCCUUGCACCCCACCUCCCUUCCUUUGGUGCCUGAGACGUGGUUGACAUGUGUCCUGCAGUAGCAGCCAGCUAUCUGUAGGGAUGUAUCAGGGCAUGCACAAGCCAGGAGUUCUACAGUAAACAGCUAACUGUGAGACACCAUUUAGUGCGGAGAGACAGAAGGUGGCAGCUACUUUUUUUUUUUUUUUUUUUUUUUGCACUUCAAGACACCUUAGGGUUGAGAAAUAGUAUGCAAGUCCCUGGGGGAGAGUUAGUCUGGCCUUUCUGCUUCUGGCCUGCUAAUCCAGACCCCACCCAAAGGAAGGGCCUUGGGAGCCUGUGCAGAUAGAUGGGGAGGACCUUGCUGCCAUGGCAGUGACUGGCACUGAAGAAGGUAAAGAAACCUGAGCGGUUCCUGUCUUUGUGGGACUGAGGGUUCUUUUAAAAUUUUUCUUAACAUAGCACAGUGCAGCCUCACCACUAAAAAAAUUCAUCCUGUUCAUAGUUCUUAUCGAAUUUGCAAACUAUUACUGCUUUUCAAUAACCACUUUAUCAACCAUGAGGGGUGGGAGAGGUCUGUGUCUCUGCAAUAAAACUUGUGCCAGGUUCUACCUCCUUGCGCAAAGGGUAUUUUGUGUGUGGGCACUGGUCUUCCUCAUCUGACACAGUGCAUCUGGGAACAUCUGAAGGAGUCCAAAGACCUGAAACUGAGUCACAUGUGAACUCUCGGUGGCUUCUGGUUUCCUCAGUUCUCUUGGUAUUGCUGCUCUGCACAGGAGUGUCCAUCUGAAGGAAGGCUACAUGCUGUUCCCACGAUGCCACAUUGCUGCCUUCAGCCUCUCCUGGGAACCUGCUCCCCAGUGUCCAGACCCAGUGCUGCCGUCAUUUUGAUAUGUAACUUUCAAAUUCAGUCUCAUGCAAUUGCAAGUGUGUCGGCUUCACUGAGCAGGGCUCAUUCACCCUCAAGUAGAAACACUCAAUCUUCACACUGAAAGUACUCUGUAUAGGUUUUGGUUGUGGCUUUGUUUUUCAUUUUUGUUUGAAUUUUGCUUUCUGUUUUGUAAAAUUCUUAAAUAAAAAUAAACAGUUAAAUAUCCUUUUCA